CAGGUUUGAGGCGCGUUUGGUUCACUCUCUCCGUUUUCCUCCAGCUGCACGGGGCUCCUCUCCUCCACUAACUUACACUUUAAUUUCACAUCACAUCUCAGCAGCCAUGGCCGACACCGCUGUAGACACGACCACUGCCCCUGAGGUUACCGCCAAGGACCUUAAGGAGAAGAAAGAGGCUGUGGAGGAGGUCGAGGAGGCCCCAAAAGAGAACGGCAAUGGGGACGCACCUGCCAAUGGCAAUGGAACAACGACCAAUGGUGAUUCUCACAAAGAAGCCAGUGAAGAGGAGGAAAAGGAAGCUGAGGAGGAAAAGGCUCCAGAGGGGGAGGGUAAGGAAGAGGAGAAAGCUGCUGAAGAGGAAGCAGAUGGGCAGGCAGUGAAACGUCCAGCGGAGGAGGAGGAGUCAGUUGAAACAAAGAAACAGAAGACAGAGGAGAAUGGUGAAUCCACAGAAGCUGAAGUGAAAGCCUAAAGCCUUUGCUAUCCACCUUGGUAGCUCUGUCUGUGUGGUCAAACUGACCUGGUAGAGUCUGUGCUUCUGCGUUUAAUUUACAGAUGUCCUGUUAUUCCCCCGGACCUUCCCUUUACAAACAUAUUGCACUGAAACCUAUAUCAUCAUGACCCCUUCCUCUUUUGUAAGAUGUUAUUUAUUGGUGUAGGAGCAUUUUAGUACCCUUUUGUAAGAUGGAAACUUAUACAUAUGAAUUAAUCCAUAAGUUUGUAAGCACAUACUCUACUGGGGUUUUUGACCAACAGAAACACACACAAAGCCGCUGUACCCUUUCUCUUAAUGUUCUGACAUUUACAUGGGUGAUAAAACUCUGAUUCACUUAAGACCAAAGAUAAAGUUUUAAGCAGGGGCUAAUAGACAAUGUUUAAUCCCGACUGUUUGUGCUGCUAGUAGUUAAUCCCUUGCUUGGCUGAUCUGUUAAUGCAACAGAUGGCAUACGUAAAUGAAAGGGUCUCGUUACUGCGCCUAGUUGAAAAGAAAAGAUGGCUUGUCCCUUUAUGCGACUAGCUUAUGUCAUGUUAAUUAACCCCUCUUAAACCUUUAAGGUUUUUGGUCUUUUGUUCCAUAUGCAUUCCAGAAGGAUUGUACCUUUUUCAUAUCCUUAUGUACAGUUUCAGUUUUUGUUUGGUCGGUUUGUUUUGUAUGGGGGAGUGCAGGAUCGAAACAGCCUAUAUCAGAACAACAUGCUGGCACUGGUGUUCUCAGUCCUCUAAGCGAUUUUCUUUUUUAUGAUUGUGUUUUGGUUGCUUUUGACCACUGCUUUGUAUAUUCUGGUUCAGGAGUAUAAAUAAAAUCAAUCUUGUCUUUUUAAA